AUGAGCUCCCAGGUCAGACAGAACUAUCACCAGGACUGCGAGGCAGCCAUCAACCGCCAGAUCAACCUGGAACUCUACGCGUCCUAUGUCUAUCUGUCCAUGUCCUACUACUUUGAUCGUGAUGAUGUUGCCCUGAAGAACUUUGCCAAGUUUUUCUUGCACCAGUCGCAUGAGGAGCGUGAGCAUGCAGAGAAACUGAUGAAGCUGCAGAACCAGAGGGGUGGUCGGAUCUUCCUCCAGGAUGUAAAGAAGCCAGAGCGUGAUGAAUGGGGUAAUGGGCUGGAAGCCAUGGAGGGUGCCCUGCAGCUGGAGAAGAGUGUGAACCAAUCACUUCUGGAUCUGCACAAGGUGUCCACUGAUCGCAAUGACCCACAUUUGUGCGACUUCCUCGAGACCCACUACCUGGAGGAGCAGGUCAAGUCAAUAAAGGAGUUGGGUGACCAUGUUACCAACCUGCGGCGGAUGGGUGCCCCACAAAAUGGCCUGGCAGAGUACCUAUUUGACAAGCACAGUCUUGGUGAAGAGUCAAGCUAG